AUGGCCUUAGAUGUUCCGGCAAAGUAAAGCACCAAAAGCUCAAAGAAGAGAUAAGCAACAAGAGAGCUUCAGCUUGAGCAAAGCCCAAGCACAAAAGGGCAAAGGCAGCGCAGGCUGAGCACAAAGCAUUGGUCAAGGAGCUUAAAGCAGUCAAGAGGAACAAGUGGGCUAAGCUUCGAAAGGAGCUCAAUGCCUACAAAGACACCCAGGAGAGCGCGCUCGACCGCAGUCUACAGACGCAGCUGAAGGAGCUAAAUGCAAAGCAGCUCUACUUUGAUCAGCAGCGCAACCAACUCUGUGGCACAGAGCAAAGGCUUGCUCAGCAGCAGGCCGCUUUUGCUCAGCAUCAAGCACACUGGGAGCAAAACCUUGCGACGCGCACUCAGGAGCUCAAUGCCGCCACCAGCUUGCAGCAGCAGCUCUCCAACAACUUUCAAGCUCUGGACCAGCGAGCGAGGGAAUUGGAGGCGAGCCUCGGCUCACGGAAAAUUGCUCUAGAAGAUAGAGAGGCGGACUACAACCGCGUUCUUGGCGCUGAGCAUCUCGUACAUCAGCGGGACCAUGAGCUUGACAAGCGUGAGCGCCAGCUUGCCAAAUGCAAGCGACAGGCAGCCCAGCACUGCUCGCCGCCCGGUGCAGAGUCAAGAGCUGAACCCAUCAAGGUUGAUAUGGUGCCUGACUUUGAGAUUGUGGAGGUGCGUCGUGGCCCUUGCGCAAAGGCCAACAUUCCUUGCGUCAAAGUUGAGGAAGAUCUCAACUUCAAAAUUGUGGAGUCACAAACUGCACAUCAACAUUUGCGAUCCUCGCGUCAAAGUCGAACAGGACGACAAGAUGGAGGUCAAGGUGAGGCAGGAAUCCAAGCAGCCGCAGUUGGGCGGCUCAGCCUCUGCAGAGAAGCGCCUCCAGGCUUGUCUGGAGGAGAGGGAGCAAGAGUGUGA